GGCUAGACAUUCAAAGCAUUAAGAACAAUAACAAAAACUCACAUGAAAUAACCUCGAGGUGAUCAUAAUUUUAUAAUUUCUCCUUCAACACACCCUUAAUUUAUCCAUUUCUAUACAAUCAUGUAUACCAAAUGAGCUGAUUUGGACAAGAAUCUCAAAGAAAUGCAUGAUAUGUAUUUGUCAAAUCUCGAAGAAAUGCACAUAUGUAUUUGUCAGAAUGAUUAUGUUGAAGCACUUUUGGGUUUCUAAUGAGUUAUUAUGUGUUAUGUUAUUGAGUGACCAGUUCAUGGCUUCUUUGUUGCAUGUGUUUUCGGCCCACGUAGAUGAGGUGGUGGGAAAGGUUGUGAAGUCUUCGGCUGACACCACACCGGUCACUUGUAUAAUUGCUGACACGUUUUUCGUGUGGCCCUUGAAGAUUGCCAAGAAGUUUGGGAUUAUUUACGUUUCAUUUUGGACAGAAACUGCUUUGGCUUUUUCAUUGUGUUAUCAUCUUGAUCUUCUUCAAAUGCAUGGCCAUUUUGCAUGUCAGGAUGUGCGAGAGGACACCAUAGAUUACAUACCAGGAGUGCGAGCAAUCGACCCCAAAGACAUGAUGUCAUAUCUUCAGGACGCUGAUACAACAUCUGUGUGCCACCAAAUCAUAUUCAAUGCCUUCAAGGACGCCAGAGGUGCACAUUUUCACCUGUGCAACACAGUGCAGGAGAUUGAGUCAGAGACCAUAUUAGCCCUGCAAGCCAAGAUGAAGUUCUAUGCCAUUGGACCCAUUUUUACAACCACAUUCAGCAAGAACAUUGCGGCUACGAGCCUGUGGUCCGAAUCAGACUGCACCCAGUGGCUCAACACCAAGCCCCAUGGCUCGGUUAAUAUUUAACAUUGGCCUUUGUGUUAGUGAAAGCCCAAAGGCACCAAAGCAAAUGAGACUUGCCCAUGGCCCAGUCGAUAGGCUUGAAGCAAAUUGAAGUCAUUUCAGCUAAAGCAUAGGCCAUGUGCCUAUGAUUGAAGUGAUGGGUGACAGAGACCAACUCACCACCAGCCAAAAAGCACUUUCUGAUGGCAUAAAUGAGUAAAUAAAAGAUGACUCACUGCCCUUCGAAAGCAAACAGUCGGGCCAAAUUGCCUAUAAAAGGAGAAAGAGACACCAGAGACAAGGACACUCAACCAACCAAUCAAAAGAUAUACAUACUCUGCUCUCAAGCCAGUUCGUACCCAGAAGCUUAAACUUGUCCAUAUUCAGUCCUUUUAACUAUAGUUCCCUUAGAAAAGCCAUUUUUUGUCUAGUGUAAAAGCUCUGCUACCAUCCCUUAGUGUUGUAGUAUCGAUUCCCUCAUGUAAAACCUAUUUACUUUCCAUCCCUCCUAGCAUACAAACCACUGUAAACAUAAAGAGAAGUGGUUGCAAGAAGUUCAACCUUACCCGACAAGGUGAAAUCUUGCCGAAUC